AUCAUCACAUCACGCGGAAAAGUUUGCAGUGUCCUCACUGUGAGGACACAUAUCUGACAAAGACAACCUUGGAGACGCACAUUACUCAAACUCACGAUCCUGAUUCAUUCCGGUGUGGCUUAUGCAAGCUUCGUCUAUCGUCACAGAAAAUGUUGCAAAAUCACAUCCGGGCCGAACACACGAAUGAGAAACCGUACCCUUGUAAAAUUUGCGGAGUGGAAACUGCAUCCUACAAAUUGCUAAGGACCCACGUGGUACAUCAUCACAAAGAAACACUGCCCCACUUUAAGUGCGGAAAAUGUGAGCAAACCUCAAUUUCUCGGGCUCACAUCAAAAACCAUGAGGAAACGCAUAACCCUGAUCGGACUAGAUAUUCCUGUUCCACGUGUGGAGCAACAUACGCAAAAAUAUAUUCCUUAAGGGAUCACGUGAACGCCGUUCAUGCAAAUGUUUAUAAGUAUGCGUGCUAUUUUUGCUAUCGAUUUAGUGACGGCCUUCAGACCCACGUGAGAAAAAUGCAUACCAAGGAAAUUCCGUAUCGGUGUAAGUUAUGCAAUUUCAAGUCUGUUAAUCACACCUCGUUAAUCGGACAUGUGCGAUUUGUUCACUGUGAAGCAACCAGUUGCUACUUUUGUGGAAAAAUGUGCUGUGAUAUGCAAACUCAUUUGACCAUUCACACGAAAGAGUUGCAUUUUGGGUGCAAACUUUGUCAUAACUCGUUCAGGUUAAGAGGAGAUUUGUGUGUUCAUAAGAGAAAGUGUCACUUGUAGUGUGACCUAAGUAAUUUUUAAUUCUAGCAAUGAAUAUUUACGAAAUCGAUUUAAGAUCACUUUAAUUUAAAUUUUUGUUAUAUGCUUUAGUAGUGUGUUUAAGGGUAGGAUGA